AUGAGCAAUCGUAGUCACAACGUUAUCACACUAGACCGAAAAGCAAAACGUUCAAAAGCCGAUCCUGAUGCUAUAAUGAUUGAAUCUGAAGUCAAAGCGUCUAGUAGCAGCACAUCAAACGAAGAUACGGAUAUGGCUAAUAGUGAACAUGGAAAUGAAGAAGAAAAAGAAUCUACAGCAUAUGAAAUGCUGGUGAAGGAAUCUUUACUGCAACAAUGGUCAGAGGAUUACGAUGGGACUCUCAAAAAGUAUCUGACAAUAAUUGGGAAGGCAAAGGAAUCUCCUGAUGCGCAAGCGGUCAAUUUUCGUCAAGAGGUGAUAGGUGAGGCGGUCGUGGCUGCUUUUCAGGGAAACCAAGAGAUGAUCUCAGAAGCGAAUAGUGCUAUCGAGAUUACCUCAGCCCUUACUAUUACGUCGUUGAAUUUUCUCAAGCAUCAGCAGGAACGACUGAAAAUUGAAAAUGAGAGGGGUUUGGAUUAUUUUCUUUACGCCGUGUGCAUGAAAGUCUUGGAGGAGUACUACAAGAGAACAAAGGAGCAAGCUCGAUCGCCAACUGUAUUAUCCGAAUCCAAUGAUCGUAUGGUUCCUGUCAACUAUCUCAUCAGCAAAACAGAGCUCUCUCAUUCCUACGAUGUUCACAAGUUUGUUCUUCAAGCUGAGCGCGUCGCGAAAUGGUUCGAUGCAUCAAACGAUUCUGUCAACCCUUCGGAUUACGAAGAUGCACCUUACUUUUGUGUCGUACAGUCGAGCGGGAUGGGAAAGACCAAAGUAAUUUACGAAGGUUGCAAGCAGUUGAAACAAAAGAAUAAUUGGUCUUGCUAUACAGUUUUGCCAUGGACACUGAAAGAUUCCGAUGCGCUGACGAAGGGCGACGUUUUCUCUCACAGGCUAAAUCUCGAAGCAUUUAUGAAUGAAAAAACAGCCUUGGAUGCUGCAACGGCAGUUCUUGAAUUCCUGAAUUCUUUCUACAACAACCUAGUAGCUGAAGCAUCCAACCAGCACAAUAAUGAAAAUACCAUAUUUCUUUGUUUCGAUGAAGCCCAGGUAUACCUGGAAUCCCAAAGGUUCGACAACGACAAGGGCGCCGAGAACGUUAAGCAUCCUGCAUUUCUAUUUCGAUGCAUUCGGCUAUGGCUUCGGCAGAAGAAACGACAUCAGGAAGUGAUUGGUUGCUUUUCUGGUACGCUUGCAACCUUGGCAAGCUUCCGACUGGAGGCUGAUCCAC